AUGGCGCCGCGCGCGGCGCCGCGCGCCUCGCUGGCCGGGCUUGCGUCGCUCGACAGCCUGGAUGACCUGCCCGCGUCAUCCGAGUUUAUUGAGCAGGAGCUGGUGGUCAAAAUCAUCGACGGCCUGCGCGAGGAGAUGCUGGGCUGCUCCAACGCGUUCUUCGGCGUCGCCCUCGCCUCUGUCGCGCUGUCGGUCGUGGCCGCCAGCGGCGUUGAGGUGUCUGAGGCGCCGGAGGUGCUGUUCAGUGGCGUCACGGUCGGCGACGUCGCCACCUGGAUGGACUCGCUGCUGGUGGCGGGCCUGCUGCGCUACGGCGCGGAGAGCUUCGGCCGCGUGCUGGACACGGGCAACGAGCGCAAGCAGCUGGCUUACACGUUCCAGGGCAUCAACAGGCUGGGCAUGGUGUUUCAGCAGCUGGCAGUCGCGGCCGGGACGGUAUCCUUCGUCAUCACGCUUGAGGCGGCUGUCGAGUGGCCUCCGCUGGUCACCGUGGCGUCUGGCCUGUUCUUCGCCGCCGCCGUCGCCCGCAGCAUGGCCAUGUGGCGCUGCGUGGAGGCGGCGAACGACGUGUCUUUCCCGCUGCUGGAUCGGCUGGCCAUCCGCAUCGCAUUCAACUACCUGCUGCAGUACGAGGCCGCGGGACGACGGCCCAGCGAGCAGGCAAGCGGGGCGCAGCCCCCGGCCGCCACCGGCGCCGCUGCCGCCUCGGCCCUCCCUGCUGCGGCCCUUGGCGUCCCCGCCGGCUCCGCCGGACCCGGCGGCGCCGCCCUCCGCGGCAGCAGCGUGCAGGAGAUUCUGAGGGGCCUGCCGCCAGUGCUGCCCCUAAUCAGCCGCCCGGGGCGGGGCUCCGAUGGGGGCGACGGGGGCGCCCGUGGGGAGGGGCCUGGGUACGAGCUGACGCCGGAGGAGGAGCGGUUGGUGCAGGCCUUCCAGAGCUCACUCAACAGCGCAGGCUUGUCCCUGGUCCUGCAGAGCUUCGCGACUGGCCUGCUGGUCACUGCAGGUCUUGCGUCCAACCACAUUGGGGACGCGAUAGCAGACGGCAUCCAGGUUGUGAACAAGGCCAUAGCAGCAGAGCUGAUUUUCGUGGCCACAGCAAACAUCGACAAUGCGCUGUACACAGACGGCUGUGACGUGGCGCACCUGCUGCAGGGCCUGGGCAAGAACGGCCUGACCAAGCUGUUCCACAACCUCAGCAUACUCGCGUGGGCCGUUGUGAUGGCCAAGCUGGUGGCCCUGGCCGCCCCCUGGGAGGAGAGCUCGCCAUUUUUUUCUUACUUGAACGAGGUGCUGGGCCACAAGGCUGGUGAUUUCAUGCUGGAGGCGGAGCAGAUGCUGGUCAAGAUGCUGCCGUGA